AUGGUGCUCUGUCAAUGGUUUCCAUACUUGAUUGCACCUGUGCUCGAUACUAAACAGUACUCAAAGAGGCUCACUAGCUCAGGUGGAAUAUACUCCAGUGGGGUUUCAGCUCAAGACUCUGUUAGUAAAGGAGAUAAUGUUUCUGACAAUCUGGUUGCAACUGAAAACAAAAUGGUAAAUUAUCCUGACAAUAUGACAAGUAGUGAUGUAGUCGAGGAUCAAAAAGCUGAGAUGCGGCAGAACUUGACUGAACUUGAACGUAGUGUUCAAGCAACAGGGGACGAUGGUUUUGCUAAUGGGGGUACUACCAUUGAUUCUGUCGAAUGA